AUAUGUAAAUUCAGAGCAGGCAGUGAACGCGCCGCGGGCAGGAAAUAGGUAUCUCAGAAGAUGAAGAAGAAACACGGUGGAAAAAUCAAAUAAAAGCGAGUUUAGAAAUGAGAAGAAGGUCUCCUGUAUGUGUCACAUGUUCUUCGUCACAGUUCUCGUCCUUCUGGGGGCAGGACUGGCUGCCAACAGCGAGAUUCACUCCCUCACUUGCAUCUACACGGCGCUCUCCAAACCCGGCGGCACUCCGGGCAUCCACAAGUUCACAGCCAUGGGUUUGCUGGACGGCAGGAGGAUCGAGUACUACGACAGUGAGAGUGAGAGGAAAGGUCCCAAACAGGAGUGGAUGAGAGAGUGUUUAUCUGCUGAGUACUGGGGAAAAGGCACAGAGGAACAGUGGUUAGAAAGCCUAAUGAAUCGAAAGAGACAGAAUGACUCGGUUGUCCACGUUCUUCAGGGGAUGCGUGGCUGUGAGGGCAAAAUGCAGCCUGAUGGCACGCUCAAGUUUCAUCGCGCUAUGCACACGUACGCCUAUGAUGGAAAUGACCUCCUUUCCUUCGAUUCUAAAACCAAAUCCUGGAUUCAGGAGGCCCAACUCACCAUGAGAGAGUGGGACAGUGAUCAGGCCAUGAAAGAGCGCAUCAAGGGAUACCUGGAGAAUGUGUGCAUCAAAUGGCUGAAGAUGUUCUUGGUUAGGGGGGAAAAGCAACUAGAAGAAGCCCCUCAAGUUCAGGGUUAUGCACAGAACUCGAAGGACGGUGAAAAAAUCCUCUUGACAUGCAUCGCCAAAGGCCAGGGAGCCAUCGACGUGCAGAUCAAGCGUAACGGGGAGACUGUAACUGAAGAGAAGGGUCUGAUGAGAUCAGAAACUGAAGAGAAGGGUCUGAUGAGAUCAGGCACUGAGAUAAACAAAGACGGCACCUUAGAGAUAAGAGCCCAUGUGGAGAUUUCAAAGGAUGACAAGUCUAAGUACAGCUAUGAAGUCAUUUAUGAGGCACCCAAAAACCCAACUUUGUUUCUGACACCUGAGUCGCUGACAGCUGUAUCCCGGACCGAGACGCUGAGUCCUGUGAAGCCCUGA